AUGCACCCUUCAGUCUACGCUGUUCUCCUUACUUGCCUUUACGGCAGCUCAUUCGGUGCUCCAAUCAACACCGGCAACCUCGCUGGCCUUGGUGGCGUCACUGAUACAGUCUCUGGCAUCACUCAGGACGUUGGACUGAAGAGAGAUACUGCUGUUGGCGGACUCGCCAACAGUGUCCCUGUGGUUGGACCCGUUGUCGACACUGUUACCAAGGGUCUUCCUGUUGGAGGUGCCACCCAGGGCCUCCCGGUUGGUGGCCUGAAGAAGAGAGAGGAUGUCGUCGGUGGUUUGCUCGGUGGCGAUUCUACUGGCGGCCUUGGUGAGACUCUUUCCGGCGUCACUGGUGGUCUUCCUGUUGGUGGCCUGAAGAAGAAGGACGACAUCGUCGGUGGUCUUGGAGAGACUGUUUCCAGCGUCACGGGCGCUCUCCCCGUCGGCGGCCUAAAGAAGAAGGAUGACGUCCUCGGUGGCCUCGGUGAGACUGUUUCCGGCAUCACUGGCGGUCUUCCGGUUGGUGGCCUGAAGAAGAGAGAAGACAUUGUUGGCGGUUUGCUGGGCAACGGCUCACCUGUUGGCAACACCGACGGCCUUGGUGAGACUAUUUCCGGUGUCACUGGCGCUCUCCCUGUUGGCGGCUUAAAGAAGAAGGCCGAUAUUGUCGGCGGUUUGCUCGGUGGCGAUUCCACUGAUGGCCUUGGCGAGACUGUUUCUGGCGUUACCGGCGGUCUCCCCAUUGGCGGCCUGAAGAAGAAGGAUGAUGUCCUUGGUGGUCUCGGCGAGACCAUCUCUGGCGUCACUGGUGGCCUUCCUGUUGGUGGCCUGAAGAAGAAGGAUGACGUCCUUGGGGGCCUCGGUGAGACGGUUUCCGGCAUCACCGGUGGUCUUCCUGUUGGCGGCCUGAAGAAGAAGGAUGAUGUCCUUGGUGGCCUUGGUGAGACUGUUUCUGGUAUCACUGGUGGUCUUCCCGUUGGCGGCCUGAAGAAGAAGGAUGUCGUCGGUGGCCUUGGUGAGACUGUUUCUUCUAUCACCGGUGACCUCCCCGUUGGAAAGCGAACGGCUCUCCCCAUCGACACUGAUGAGACCGUCGGGCAGACCACCACGACCGUCGAUAACGCCACUGGUGACGUCUCUUCAACUGCCAACAAUGUUGUUGAGAAUGCCGCUGACAUUGUCGACUAA